UUAGAUUCAGCAACGCUCCCGUUGCCUCUGCAAUGACUCAUUGAAACGUCUUGUGCGCUGAUAAAGCCGCAUCUCUAUUUUCCCGCACCACACACACACACACACGCACACCCUCACGCACGCACACACGCACGCAAAACACACGCACACAGACCGUCUAGUUGGGCUGCCUUCGGGACUGCUGCGCUGACUCUGACUUUGGAUUUGCGGGAGCGGGAGGCUGGACGUGGACUUUAUUGUGGUUUUUUUUUUUAAAUUUCCUUCCGUGGGCUGAUUUGUGGACUUACACGGCGGAGGGAGACGCUGCAGGUUCGGGCUGAGGAUUUUGGAUCAAGUUGGACCUGGGGAAACCAAAGAGCAUCCUAGGCUCUCUACUUUUCUGGACGUGGGAUUCUUCCAGCAGCUGCAGAUCUCCAUGGAGGCUCUCGUAAUGGGGAGCUCUGAGAAAGCUGCUCUUAUUGGCUGGAGCUCCUCCGUUCAGCUCGCUGUCUGAGGAGGAACAGGGAGUAUCUGGGUGGAGGGGCAGGGGGGGCGCCUAGGAGUACCCGAAGGCGGACCGUAACCACAACCUGCCAGGCUUAGGCUCAUCACCGCGGGAGCAUGUCAGCGCUCGGAGGCCCUUCGUGGAUGUGUGGCUCCAUGGCCAUGGUCAGCCCUCUGCUGUGGGUGUGGCUGGCAUCUGUCUUUGUGGCUGCUGCUCAGGCCCAGCAGCACCCCGUCGUCACUACUAAUUAUGGGAAAUUGCGAGGAGUGAAGGUUACGUUACCCAACGAGAUCCUGGGACCAGUGGAACAGUAUUUAGGGAUCCCGUACGCACUCGCCCCAACGGGGGAGCGGAGGUUCCAGGCACCGGAGCCGCCCAUGUCUUGGCCGGGAAUCAGGAAUGCUACUCAGUUUGCUCCGGUUUGUCCUCAGUUCUUAGAGGAUCGCUUUUUACUCAAUGAUAUGCUGCCGGUGUGGUUCACGGCUAACUUGGAUACAGUGGUUACCUACGUGCAGGAGCAGAGCGAGGACUGCCUCUACCUGAACAUCUACGUGCCCACAGAGGAUGGGGCAAACAGAGCACAAGGCAGAGAUUUCAACAGUAAUGGUGGUGGCGGAGCUGAAGAUAUCCAUGAUGAGAACGGGUUAAAGCCGGUCAUGGUUUACAUCCACGGCGGCUCCUACAUGGAGGGGACCGGCAACAUGAUCGACGGCAGCAUCCUGGCGAGCUACGGGAACGUCAUUGUCAUCACAAUCAACUACCGGCUCGGAGUUCUGGGGUUUCUAAGCACAGGAGACCAGGCGGCCAAAGGAAACUACGGCCUGCUGGAUCAGAUUCAGGCUCUCCGGUGGAUCAAAGAAAACAUCCAGGCCUUCAAAGGAGACCCGAAGAGAGUGACCAUCUUUGGAUCUGGAGCCGGAGCAUCGUGCGUCAGCCUGCUCACCCUCUCACAUUACUCAGAAGAUCUGUUCCAGAAAGCCAUCAUCCAGAGUGGCACCGCCCUCUCCAGCUGGGCGGUGAACUACCAGCCUGCCAAGUACACACGAGUGCUGGCUGAGAAGGUGGGCUGUAACAUGCUGGACACCAUCGACCUGGUGGAGUGUCUCCAGAACAAGAACUACAAGGAACUGAUCGAGCAGUACAUCACUCCAGCCAAGUACCACAUCGCCUUCGGGCCUGUGAUCGACGGCGAUGUCAUCCCGGAUGACCCGCAGAUCCUCAUGGAGCAGGGGGAGUUCCUGAACUAUGACAUCAUGCUGGGGGUCAACCAGGGAGAAGGAUUUAAAUUUGUGGAUGGGAUCGUGGACAGCGAGGACGGAGUAUCCGCCAAUGAUUUUGACUUUGCAGUGUCAGACUUUGUGGACCAUCUCUAUGGAUACCCCGAAGGGAAGGACACUCUGCGUGAGACCAUCAAGUUUAUGUACACAGACUGGGCCGAUAAGGAGAACCCAGAGACCCGGCGGAAAACCCUAGUGGCUCUGUUCACGGACCACCAGUGGGUGGCACCAGCAGUGGCCACAGCAGACCUCCACGCUCAGUAUGGAUCACCCACCUACUUCUAUGCGUUCUACCACCACUGUCAGAGCGACAUGAAGCCCAGCUGGGCUGACUCGGCUCAUGGGGAUGAAGUACCCUACGUGUUUGGGAUCCCGAUGAUCGGACCGACAGAUCUCUUCAACUGCAACUUCUCCAAGAAUGACGUGAUGCUGAGCGCCGUUGUCAUGACAUACUGGACUAACUUUGCCAAAACUGGGGAUCCAAACCAGCCAGUCCCCCAGGACACAAAGUUCAUCCACACCAAACCAAACCGCUUUGAAGAGGUCGCCUGGACUAAGUACAACCCCAAAGACCAGCUCUACCUUCAUAUCGGCCUCAAACCUAGAGUCCGGGACCACUACCGUGCUACCAAAGUGGCUUUCUGGUUGGAACUAGUCCCACAUCUGCACAAUAUAAAUGAAUUUUUUCAAUAUGUGUCAACCACGACAAAAAUACCUCCACAGGACACCACCCCCUACCCCUACACCAAACGGUUCCCUGGUAAGAAUAACUGGCCCUCCACUACUCGCCAUCCGGGGGUCCCACCUGCAAACACCAAACAGACGACGGACCAGCGCAAAAGCGGUGACCUGACGGACGAGUCAACCGUGGUGAUCGAGACGAAGAGGGACUACUCCACUGAGCUCAGCGUCACCAUCGCAGUCGGAGCCUCGCUGCUCUUCCUGAACAUCCUCGCCUUCGCCGCGCUCUACUACAAGAAAGACAAGCGGCGGCAUGAGUCCAACCGGCGCGUCCCCACCCCUCAGCGCAACUCCAAUCCCUCCAACACGCCCUCCACCGCCAACGACGUGGCCCACCUGCAGAGCGAGGAGCUGAUGUCGCUGCAGAUGAAGCAGCAGCAGCUGGAGCACGAGCACCACCACGAGUGUGAGUCCAUGCAGACCCACGACACGCUGCGCCUCACCUGCCCGCCCGACUACACCCUGACUCUGCGGCGGUCACCUGACGACAUACCCCUGAUGACGCCCAGCACCAUCACCAUGAUCCCCAACUCUCUGGCUGGCAUGCAGCCUCUGCACAACUUCAACACUUUUGGUGGCAGCCAGAACAGUACCAACUUACCCCACGGCCACUCCACCACACGGGUAUAGCUCCGCCGGGAUGGGACGGCGCCGGAUUCCUUCUGGACCAGCCACCAACCUCACAAGGCAAACAUGAUGAGAUGAAACUGUGUGAAGCACAGACACAGCAGAAGUUAUUUUGCUACCAUGCCUUCUUGAAAAGUAUAUACAGUAUAAAUGACAAAGAACUUCUGAAAAUAUUCAAAGUGAAUGUUAUUAUAGUAAUAACUCUAUUUGGAGCUAAGCUCCAUGGAAGGUUUCGACGAGUUUUACCAAAAGACGAGGCAAACAGGGGAUGACUGUUAAUAUUCUUACAACACAGAGUGAACAGUUGCAGUGUGAAGCCUUUCAGAGGCUUUUGUGCCAUAAAAAUACAACAAUAGGACAAUGGCAAUCGUUGUUGAAAAGCAACAAUCGAGCGUCUGGGACUGCAGCAGACGUCUAGACUUGGGCACAGAAUUCUACACCCCAGCCUGAAAUGUAUUUAUGAAACUUUGUAUAAAAAAGAAAACGAGAAAAAAGCUAUAUCGUUGUGCGUGGAAUUUUAAAAAUCUAAAAAAGGAAAAUAUUCAAAGAGCUCCUCCUAUUAUUGUUUUAUUUUGGCUGAGAUUUUUUUAAUUUUCUGUUCUAGUGCGUGUAAAUAUACCUGAAACAUUCUUCAUUCUUUUUCUGAUUAUGACCUUUGUUUCAUAGAUACAGUCGGCAUCAUGUCAGAAAUGGCAGCGCUCAUAUGAGGGCCGGUUUGGUUUGGCUCAGUCCAGUUUGUGACCGUAAACCCUGAUCUUGCUUGUGUUCCUACUGCUGAUGUCCAUCCAGCCUUGCUCGUUGUAAUGGGAAAUCCAGUUCUUUUUAGUGAUCUGCAUCAUUUGGCUCAUCUCAGUAACACAAGCCAGUUUUUUGGCUCUCGAUUGGCUCUUCAUUUGGUACAAGUUUUGCCUUUUAAAAGAGGACUGAAGGACAACGAAAGUGAAAAGAAAAAUAGAGUAUUUAUGACAAAAGGGGGGAGGGAGAAAAGCGGUUAAAAGGGCUCAGCUAGCCUCCUAGCUGACUAUAAGACUUCUCUACACUCUUGUCUCGCUUCAUCAGUCUAGACAUGUAGUAGGAGGUCUAAGUCAUUAGGGAUAUUGAUCACCACAACACGAGGUAAAUCGGUUGACCUGUGGGAAAAAAACGCUUUUUAAAAGGGUUAGGUUUAGCCAAGGGAUACCCUAAUGUUGUGUUCACACUAGGUGCGAAUGAUCGCUUAUUCACGUGUACUUUAAUUGAUGCAAGUAACUUACUCCACUCGUGUCAAAUUGCAAGUGCCCAAAAGACUUGAGAGGGGAGGGGCUUCAUUCUCCCACAUCUGGCGUUUCAGAUGUUCCUUCAGAGAUCCUCUGGUGACACAUGAAAUACAUCACUAGAGGAUCCCCAUGCUGAUUGGCCAUCGCAGUGCAAGUGAUUUGCCAGAGAUCAGACUUUUCAACUCUUGCGUAAUAGUGAAUGAAGCGAUCAGCCCGUUGAAUGCUGGCAAAUGAUUAAUUACCAUGAUUUGUGCUGCACAUUUGUGGCAAUUCCAGAGACUAGGGCAGCGUGAUCAUGAGAUCACUUUGGCAGUAUUAAAGAAAAAAACAGCAGUAUUUCUUUGCCUUUCAGUGUUGAUUUGCAUCCUGAUUUAAAGUUAUGUUAAUAUAGUAUUGGGAUGAAAGAUCUGUACGUUGCGUUUUACUUUGAAACUGACCAGAUGCUCAGUGCAGUCCUCUGCCACAGUCUGGGUAAGAGUGGCUUGAAACGUCACCACUGAUGGGAUAAACCAUCUGCAGUCUAAACAUGGUGCUUUAUUUUGAAACGCCCUAGCAGUUAUCAUGCUUGACUUCCUGUUUAGGUCAAUCCGCUCCACUCAGCUUGACCUGGAAGCGCUUCUGUCGGAAGUGGACUUGGUGUAGAGUGGCCCUUCUGGCAUAAGCCAAGGUGUGCAAUGUGCAUGUAAAGAUUCACCAAGACAGGGUGCAAUUUGCGCUGGAUAUCAGGGUGUGGACAGUCUAUGGAAUAACACUGUCUCAAUAAGGUAAACUGAAUGUUGAAUUUGCAUGGGGUUAAGUGUUUAAAAUGGAUAUACACAUCUAGAAUUUGGAACCAAACUUGUCCUCUAGCAGGAAGUCUCCUUGGCUCAGUUCAGUACAAUAAAACCCGUUAAAUUUGGCCUUGAAAGUUUAAUUAUAGUGCAAAAGGGUGCACAGCAGCCCUUCAGAAUUGUGGUUUGUGACGUUUCCUUGGCGUUCCCCCUGGUGCCGACUGUAUCUCUUAUUUUAUUUUUCACUGAAAGACCAAAAUGCGAACACAAUCCCACCCUCGGAGAGUUGCACAGUGUCCGUCUGCAGGCCAUCCCAUCCAGUAGCGUCUCGUGUGUUGCUUUCUUUCCACUCUUUUAGACAUUGCAUGUCCAGGAAGAGCUUUACUCUCCAUUUUCAGACCCGUCUGGGAACGACCACCGACUUGAUCCCAUCACCUGCCGUCAUCCUGUUAUGCUCCCGGUAGUUUUCUUUGUGGGCUUUUUCUGUCUUGCAAUCUCAGCACUGCCUGAGCUUACAAUGUGACCAGCAAUGUAUUAUUUAGACCUAAAAAAGGCAGUGGAUUUUUGUAUCGAUAUUAGUUGGAUAUGUUUGUAAAGAAAUAUAUGUUAGAUAUUUCAAAUUGUCAUAUGCUAGCAAUAUGUAAAGUAUUGUGCCAGGCUUGUGAUAUUUUGGGUUACAAAAGCAAGUGAAUGAGUGUAAAUAUUAAUGAUAUUAUUAAUUAUUAUAAAAUGACAACCAUUAACUCUUUCUGUUUUGCAUCCUAUGACAAAAAAAAAUGGAAGAACAUCCUGAAGAUUUUAAGCUACAUUUGUAAAUUAUAUAAAAGAUAUAUUCUUGCCAUUUGGUCCCUAAACCAGUCGAGAUAACAAGGGUUUUAAUGUAGACUUUGAAAAUCCUUAGUUUGUCUUAUAUUUGUUUGCGGUUUUGCCUUAAGUGAUAAUAGAGAUAUUUCUGGCUGGACACCUGUAUAAACUUUUUCUGCAACAUUUUUAAUAAAA